CCAAGGUGCAGCUCUGUAAACUACUGCUGCAAGGAUAGAGGAGUGAGAGGGAACAGAAGGCACAACUUGGACGCUAAAACCAAGACUUGGAUCUGACUUUUAACUGUGGUUGAGCUGAGUCACUCUAGCCUGCACAGCCAGGCGGCCAGGCUUGAAAAGCCUCACUUUUCCAUUGCUCUUUGGUUUUCUGUCCUGUUAUUGGUUACUAUCUGAGUGACUAACAACUGUUUCCAGUUUAAGGUUUGGAAAUGUAGUUCAGCAGUAAGACAUGAAGGAGCUGUUGUACCAGUGAAAGGAUAAAUCUUAUUUCUUUUCAACAAACUGGAGCGGAAACAGGUCGGAUUUUCAGAAGUGGUGAUAUGACUUUAUUGGCUUACUCUCAUUAAUUUAUUCACUGUAAGUUGCAUGAUCUUUGAACCAGCUAUACAAAUUAGUGCAUGCCAUACAGAUGACAAUUACACCUUCUUAGACUGCAUUUUUCUCAUGAAGGAUAGCACAAUGUUACACUUAAGUCUCUGACAUGAGCAGUGUAAAUGGUAAGCACAAUGUUAACGUUGUGGGAAAAGCUUUUCGCUCCAUUCUGGAUAACUUCACCACUUUCUUUAUGAGCGACUGACGGACUGCCCAGCAAAUGGAGGAGCAAAAAGCAGUCCUAAAACUUUUCAGGACCUUCCCAGAGGAGCAAAAUGAGGACAUGCAAGAAGACAUUGAGCUGAGUUUUAAUCUAAAGAAAAAUGGGGAUAUAAGGUUUGAAGAUGCUCUGGAGAACAGUAGAGACUCCUUAUCAUAUGUCCUAUUGCCCCAUGAAGGAGAGAAUAUCACCUCCACCUCAUCGGGAGAAGUAGGAAAUGACUCAGACAUGACAGAGGAGGAGAUGAAUAAUGUCAACCUUUCAGAGCAGCAAAGUGUGGAUGUAAACACUGAAAAUGGCUCAGAUGAACAGACCUCUGCAACAAAUCAAGAGCAGAAUAAGACACCAGACAACCACUGUGACAAAGUUAAUGAUUGCAGCAACAAGGGUUGUCAUACAUCACUAGAUGAAUGUGCCUCGAACGAAUCUCUGCAACAGGAAUGUCAACACAUUUCAACUGACACAAAUACAGAUUGUGGUGGUGUUGCACCAGUCGGUGUCAAGCAGGAUGGCACUAAAGAAGCCAAGCAGAGCAUGAGAAAAGACUACGAAAAUGCUCACUGCCAGGAAGAUUUUGUCACAAGUGCUUCCAAUUCGGACGUGGGUUUUGACCCUGAGGAAUCUGUGAAAAGUAGACCAUCUAAAACCAAACAUGUAGUGAUAAUGGUGACUCGGACAGGACCUGGAGUUGAGGAACAGGUUGAACCAAUAGUUACACCAACGAUGGAGCAAACUGGUGGCCCUUCCUGCUUCAAAAAAGACAAGGAAGAGGACAGUACAGGUGCAGAGAAGGACAGCGAAGAAGAAGAGAAAAGAGAUGUAUUUCCAGACUAUUCCGACCAACUCCACCUUCCUUCCAGCCCAAAAGACACUUCACCCACUGUUUCCACAACAUCUGCAGCUGUAGCCAAUAACCCUCCACCUGGAUCCACCAUAUCCAGAGCCACCUUCUCCCCAGGCUCCCCUACAGACAAGCAGAUCCAGCUCCCUGCCCUCUUUAGUGGCCUGAGGAUCCUGAGGAAGGGGGUGGUCGGACCCGAGCACGACACCGUUGCCCAGAUCAAACGUUCGUCUCAACGAGCAAGAAGGGACAUUUUCCCUGAGAAGCAAGGGGAUGUUAAGAUUCAGGGGAGCUUCCUGGACCAGAUCUCCCAGUUACUGAACCGGGAAAAGAGAGGAGACGAGAAAGAGGAGAAGAAAGAAAUGGAGUCUGAGGGAGACCAGGACAACACCAGAGAGGAGAAUGAGAAUGAAGAAAGUCAAGAGGGUGAAGGGAAAGAACUUGAAACAACAGAGAGGGAUGCAGAUGUUUCAUCUGAGUCUACGAAACCUUCUGUGUCCGGUGCAGAAGCAGCGUUCGAUGCCUUCAAAGCUUUUUUCACCCCAAAGCCUUUGAAGAAGGACCCAGCAGAGAAGGUGGACCUGGACGCAGUGAGGAAAAAGAUAAGAACAGAAAAAGAUGUGCUGAGAGCGCUUUUUGAGAGAACCUCCAAUAAGACACCAGAGAAGAAAGACUCACCUAACGGCAAAUCAGAAGCAUCCACCCAAGGAGAGGGUGAAGAAAGAACUCCUGGUCGUCUACAAGCCGUCUGGCCGCCACUUAAGGAGGAAAAAGUUGGGCUGAAGUACACAGAAGCAGAGCACCAGGCUGCUCUGCUGCAGCUGAAGAGAGAAUGCAAAGAGGAGCUGGAGAAAUUACAGGAUGACUAUGGUCAGGAACUGUCCAGACUGAGGGUGGAAAGUGAGGACAAUGUUGCCCGUCUGGAGUUCACUCUGGCCAAGCUGCAGGCCGAACUCUCACAGAUUGGGAGCCGCCAUCGUGGGGAACUCAAAGAUGUUGCUGUAUCAACGGGAGACGACUUUUUAAACAAAUCCUUCCGCACAGUCUGCGUCCAGACAGACCGAGAGACGUUUGUUAAGACUUCUGAGGAUGGAGAAGGUACGGGGAGACCCUGCGCCAGCCCUCAGCAGCAGAAGGUGACCCCCAAAAAGCUGGACCUAGCUUCUAUCGGCCUUAGCCUGGCCAAUCAGAGAGACGAUACUUUGUCUUCCUCCUCAUUGCUUGACCCUCCAUCUCAAAGUCUUCCUCCACCUGGAACCACGCUACCUCUAUCAGAACAACCACCCGCUCCUUCUCAGACGUUACCAACCAAAACAGAAAUUCUGCCUCCUCCUCCUCCUCCACCUCCGCCAUGUUUGUCUUCACCCACAAAUCACAUGCAGCAAUCAAAUGACCCUCCACCGCCACCUCCACCACCACCACCUCCUCCAUCCAUGCCAGGCUUAGCUCCCCCACCACCUCCUCCUACAGGAGCGGGCCUCGUGAUUGAUAAACCUCCCAGGAAACCUGCAGUGGAGCCUUCCCAACCCAUGAGGCCUCUUUACUGGACCAGAAUCCAGAUCCAGGACAACAAUAACAACACACUGUGGAACGUUUUAGAGGAACCAAAUAUAAUUAAUGCAAGGGAGUUUGAGGACCUCUUCGCCAAAACCACCACACAGACCAAGAGGAAGCCGCUCUCAGAGGCUUAUGAGAAGAAUGCCAAAGCCAGGAAGAUCAUUAAGCUGUUGGACGGGAAGCGCUCCCAGGCCGUGGGCAUCCUCAUAUCGAGCCUCCACCUGGAAAUGAAAGAUAUACAACAAGCUGUAUUGACAGUGGACCACUCUGUGGUGGACUUGGAGACCAUUGAAGCACUGUAUGAAAAUAGAGCACAGCCAGAGGAACUGGAAAGAAUCAAUAAACACUACGAGACGUCAGAAGAAGAGCAAGUUAAACUGCUGGACAAACCCGAACAGUUCCUGUAUGAGCUGUCUCAGAUCCCAGACUUUGCUGGCAGAGCUCACAGCAUCAUCUUCCAGUCGGCCUUCAUCGAUGGGAUCGCGUCCAUCCAACGCAAGCUCAACACAGUCUCCUCUGUCUGUGAGACUCUGUUGGAGAGCGAUGGCGUGAGAGGAGUGGUGGGACUGGUGUUGGCUCUGGGGAACCACAUGAACGGAGGUAGCAGGGUCAGAGGUCAGGCCGAUGGCUUUGGCUUGGAGAUUCUACCUAAACUGAAGGAUGUCAAGAGCCGGGACAAUCGUAUCAGCCUGCUGGACUACGUGGUGACAUACUACUUGUACAAUGUGGAUCAGAACGCCGGCACCGACAUGAGUAUGUUCCCUCUUCCCGAACCUCAGGACGUCUUCCUGGCAGCACAGGUCAAGUUUGAUGAUCUCAACAAAGACAUAAGACAGCUUGGACGAGAUCUGACAAGAUGUGAGAAAGAUGUGCAGAAGGUUUGUUCUGAUUCUCCUGAAGAACACCUGCAGCCGUUCAAGGACAAGAUGGAGGCUUUUAUUCUCAGCGCACGAAAAGAACACGCAGAAACUUCCUAUCAGCUGGUGACUGUGCAAAAAAGUUUUCAGGACUUGGCUUUGUACUUUGGACUGAAGCACAAGUCAGGAGAGAAAGAGGUGACGACUGGCCAUUUUUUCAUGCUCUGGUUUGAGUUUUGUGCCGACUUCAAGGCCAGGUGGAAGCGGGAGAACAAGAUCAUAUCUAAAGAGAGAUUAAAAGAGGCCCAGCUGUCAGUGAACAGGAUCACAGGAGAGAAGAAAGUGGAGACCAGAAAGAUCAACCCCAACAGCCUGAAAGAGCGACUUCGCCAGAAAGAAGCCAACAUAUCUUCAACUUAAGAAACUCAGGAGGUAUAAAAAUGCUGCGGUCACACAGCCAUCUUCACCGAGCUGGAUCAGACAAUAUGAGACCCAAUCGAUGUUUUUCAGUUUUAUUUGUUUAUUAGUUUUAUAUUCUUAUGUCCAUAAUGUACUUGCAUUCAUCAACUGAGAACUUUAUGUAAUAUAAUUUGCUACUUAAAAAUGUCUUUAAAUUUAAAAGAUUAAAAAAUAAUAAUUGUGCAAUAUUUAGACAUCAGAAAUGGCUUCAACUGUGUAUAGAUUCUUAUAUUGCACUUAGGGUUAGCAUUGGUGCAUGGUUUUGCAUUGAUUCUGACAUGUAAAAUCUAAUCUUUACAGUGUUUUACCACUAAUAAAAUCACUAAUCUGGAAAAUA